UGGGAAGAAAUGAUAAGUCGUAACCGUGAUAUUGAAAAUAUUUUUAGUAAUAACAAGACGUUAAUGCAUUCAUUACUCUCUCACGAUGAUUUACAUUCUAGUUUAUUCUAUUUCAGAAGCGUUUUGGUAGGUUUAAAACACAAUACUAUAUUUUAAUCUCUUUAACUAGCGUUUUGACAUAAUAUUUUGAGAAAGUCAUGUUUUGCGUUUACAAUAGGUAUUGACAUAAACCAGAGUUAGUAGUGUGGAAAUGUGGGUCCUGUAACAAAACGUGAAUAGUGUGAAAAUGCGGGUUCUAGAACACUAAAGUGGGCACCGGGGUGUCGUAUGCCUCCUCCACGGUACGCGUCCAAUGUCCACCUCGGCCCGGCGCUUCGUCCAGAGUCUUACAGGUCGACGACAGUCAAGUCCCGGGGACACAGCGGCAUCUUCCACGCGCCUCGUGCACGGCCAUCAUGAGCUUGACGAGAUAGCCGUCGUCUCCUGCAACGCCACCCCUAGCCAGGUCAAGUAUGGCAGUGGGCCUUUGUCUGCGGCCGCCAACGGCCCGAGGAUUGUGCCUGGUAUUAUUACGUCUACCGGGCGUAUGAUCGGGGAGCGUCUGAGCGCAUCCGGUACAAGACUUGACACCGGCAGCCCAGUGGCCUACGUGUCGGGCGGCAACCGCAGCAGCAACGAGUCGCUCAAGCCCAGCAGGGCGCUCAAGUCCGUGUCUCGACAAAGCCUGCUGGACAUAGUCAGCUCCAGGCUCGGCGUCGGCAGGAGCAAACAGCACCAAGUCCAGAGAUACUUUUCCUCCUCGCGAGACUCCUUGUCCGCCGCAUACAUCAACCGAGCAGCAGUCUCGUCGGCCUCAGAGCUCGACCUCAGUCGUAAGGUUCGCCGGCGCGACCUCCGAGGUCGCCUCAAACUCCCUGCCUCCGUGGCACAGACCGAGACCUCCCGGUGGACUGGCGGCCCCAGGAACUCCUCCGGGAACAUCAACGGCACGGUGACGUCCACCGAGACCCGUUACAACACCCGGCGCCCACCCAGGGUACGGACCAAUCACAAGUGGUCUUUCGUGUUCGACCCCGCUGGUCGUCUCUGCUACUACUGGUCUAUGGUCGUGUCUCUCGCCUUCCUCUACAACUUCUGGGUCAUCAUCUACAGGUUCGCCUUCCAGGAAAUUAAUAGAGACUCGAUUCUCGUCUGGUUCUGCCUCGACUACCUCGCAGACCUCCUCUACCUCGUCGACAUCAUGUUCCACUUCCGCACGGGCUAUCUGGAGGACGGAGUGCUACAAACAGACUCGACUAAGCUGAGGCAUCACUACAUGAACUCCACCACUUUCUACAUCGACUGUCUCUGUCUGCUUCCGUUGGACUUCCUCUAUCUCUCCAUAGGCUUCAACAGCAUCCUCCGCUCCUUCCGGCUCGUCAAGAUCUACAGGUUCUGGGCCUUCAUGGAUAGGACCGAGAGACACACGAACUACCCUAACCUCUUCAGAUCGACCAGUUUGAUCCACUACCUCCUCGUGAUCUUCCACUGGAACGGGUGUCUGUUCCACAUCGUCUGCAAGAACAACGGGUUUGGCAGCAAGAACUGGGUGUUUAUGGACAGUGAGAGUGCUGAUGUUGUGAAACAGUACCUCCAGAGCUACUAUUGGUGUACUCUCGCCUUGACAACCAUCGGGGACCUGCCGCGGCCUCGCAGCAAAGGCGAGUACCUGUUCGUCAUCCUCCAACUGCUCUUCGGACUCCUGCUGUUCGCGACGGUCCUGGGUCACGUGGCGAACAUUGUCACGAGCGUCAGUGCGGCGAGGAAGGAGUUUCAAGAUGGCUCCAACUUAACCAAGCUGGAUGGAGUGAAGACCUACAUGCGGAUGAGAAGAGUUCCGAACCAUCUUCAGGUGAAAGUAAUCAAAUGGUUCGACUACCUGUGGCUCACACAGAAGUGUUCUGACGAGGAGAAGGCAGUCAGCUGUUUACCAGACAAGUUGAAGGCUGAAAUCGCCAUCAACGUUCACCUGGACACUCUCAAGAGGGUGGAGAUCUUCCAGAACACCGAGGCCGGCUUCCUAUGUGAGCUCGUCCUCAGACUGAGGCCAGUGCUGUUCUCUCCCGGGGACUAUAUCUGUAGAAAAGGGGAAGUGGGCAAGGAGAUGUACAUAGUCAACCGAGGCCGUCUACAAGUUGUCGCCGACAACGGUAGGACUGUCCUGGCUACUCUCAAAGCAGGAUCUUACUUUGGCGAGAUCUCCAUCCUGAACAUGGGCACCGCAGGUAAACAGCUGGGCAACCGAAGAACGGCGUCCGUGAGGUCCGUGGGCUACAGCGACCUCUUCGUCCUCUCCAAGAAGGACAUGUGGGACGUGCUGAAGGAGUACCCAGCGGCGAGAGUCAGGCUGGAGGCAAUAGCGGUCAAGAGACUGGAGAAAUACAAGAGGGCGCCUCUAGAGAAAGCGGCCAUGGGCAGGAGUCAGUCCACGCCGGGCCUAGUAGAGACUAAGGGGCGAGUACCCCUGGAGGAGAUGUGGGUGUCACCACUGCCUCCUCUAGAUCCUGUACCUCCUCUCUCGGCCGCCACUUCUGGGCCUCCACCCUCCGCCUACACCUCUAACUCGCUCUUCAGCCCUGCGCUGAGUCCCACGACAGCUAGUAGAUCGCAGCACACCAACGCAUCGCCGCUGUCCAUCUUGUCCAGCGAACACACCUCCGAAGAGCAAUCCUGCCACCACGUGCCUCUCUCCCAGAACACUAAACCACCCUCGGGACCCAGUCCCGACGUGAUAUCACAGGAGGCCUUCAUCGCGGAGAUCAAGAGGCUGAGGGAGCGUCUGGUGACUCUGGAGACGGAGAACGCAGCCCUCAGCAUGAAGCUGAGUCAGCAGCAGUGGGAGGUGGAGCAUCGUCUAGCGGAGAUCGAAAUGCAGAUUUGUGGGGCCAGCAGUGCUGACAGCAGUGCAGAAGACAACGAGAGAAACAGGGAAAGCAUCAUUUAACAAAGAUGGCGGCGAGAAGACCUUCGAUUGGUCAACAGGCGGGACGAGCUAGCCUCUUUGACUGUUUAAACUAUACUUGACCAAGGAUAUUGAAUCGAGUUAUUUCCUACAACCUAACUAAAUUUUAGUUACACCGUGGGUGGUAUGGUGGUAUAACCAAUUGCAUGGUUGUACAUAGAGCACACAUGGAGGGGAGGGGGGGUAACUCAUUGUUGUCACCACCCCUUAGCAAUUACUAUGCUCUACUAGGUAAAUGGAACUGUGAACUUCCAUUAAUUCAGAAAUCAAUAACAAGAUGGUACUUUUAUAAACUUUUACCAACAAAACGCAUUCCCUGCUGUUAGUGCAACGUUAUAUUUUUAGUUUCAUUUUUGAAUUGAUAUAAA